AUGUCACUCCAUCGAACUAAGGCAUCAAUUAUAGGACUCUUGGAAGCAAAUCGUGUCAACGAAUGGGUUGUGACUGAGAAGCUUGGAAAUACUAUGAAACAGAGGAACAAUGUUAAGCAAUCAACAUCAAGAACUCCAUGGUUUCGAAUUACAGAAAGGAUCCACCCGUUGGAGAUUAUAGUGGGGAUGUAUAUGUUGCACUGUGCAAUCUAUGAUCUGUUCUUUGGACAUGACCAUUUCUUCAUCUACCUAUUGUUGCAAGCAGGAGCUUUCUUUACAAUGGGGUUUGGGCUAGUGGGAACAAUUGUACCUAACUAA